AUGACCCAAAAUUCAGCAAUAAAAGUUGGUUUUGUUGGGUUAAAUUGUGCGAAUACACUAGCAAUAAAGACACAUUGCCAGGCUAUAUUACAGGUUUCAUCUUUUUUCGAAAUAUCAGCUAUAUACAAUGAUAAUAUUCAAAAAUCACUUGAUAUAAUAGAUCGACUCAGCCUCCAAGAUGCUGUCGCAUAUCCAUCAUUAAAACAAUUAGUUUCCAACUCUGGCAUAGAUAUGAUUGUUUUCACAUCAAAUGGUGAACAAAUAUAUGAUAAUAUAAUGUCUACAUUGGAUAAUAUUAGGGAAGAAGAAAAUCAAAUUAAAUAUUUACUAUUCGAGUGGUCUUUAAAUUUUAGUCUUACACAAACUGAGUUUCUUGUCAAUCAAACUAUUGAAUUAGAUAUACAAACAAUAAUAACAUUACAAAGUAGAAAGUCACCUUAUAUAAUCAGAGCGAAAGAAUUAAUAGAAGAUGGUUCAAUAGGUAAAAUUAAUUCCAUAGAGGUAGCUGGUAAUGGGAAUUGGUUUGGUUAUGAAAGGUUAGAAAAGUCGCCACAAUUUCUAUAUGAAAUGGGCGCUAGGAGAGAUCUUGUAAGCUACUGUUUUGGCCACACAAUCGAUGCAUUGGAAUAUAUUACAGGUUCGUACUUCAGCACCAUAAGUUCGAUGAUCUUUAAUAAUAUCCCAGAACAAACUCUAGUAGAUGACAUGGGGAAUUCCCUUGGUAGAAACGUACAGAAAAAUGUGCCAGAUCAUUUGUUAUUCCAAGGAAAAUUAAUCAGAGGAAAUGUACCUGUGUCCUGUAGUAUUAAAGGUGGAAAACCAACCAAAAAAUUCACUAAAAAUUUAGUUAUCGAUAUCCAUGGUACGAAAGGUGAUUUAAAAAUCGAAGGGGAUGCAGGCUUUAUAGAGAUUUCAAACCUAGUGCUAUAUCAUAGUGGUAUCAAAGUAGAUGUCAAUGCUUCCGUUCAAGAUAUACCUCCUGAAGGACAAGUGAUAUAUAACACUGAUGAUGAAGUAUUGGAGUUCUUUCAUUAUAGAAAUUAUAAUGCUUUAGUAGGAAACAUGGCGAAACUGUACCAAUCUAUUGCCGACUUUAAUGAUAGAAAACUUGGUAGAUUCCAAGAUGUAUCACCUUUAGAAAUUUCACAAAAACAACAAACCGAUGAAUUACUCCUCAUCCAGGGAUUACAAAUGGAUGGAUUUCCAACCCUGUUAGACGCAUUAGCAUUAUAUAGAUUAGUCGAAAACGUUUACAAAAGUAACGCUGUAGGUUCAACUCUAAACGUGAGUAAUAUAAACCAAUACCCAUAA